AUGAGCGCACAGAUCACGUGGGCUGGUCUUAUGGCCAGGCUGUGGAAACUUGCCCGACUUCGAGCACAGCUUUUGGAACCUGCACCAGGAGCUGGAUCUGGUGGAGGUGCAGGGUUCGAUGUUUCUAAAUCCGGUGAUGCCAGGAUAUCUCUGGUGGGUUUCCCGUCCGUGGGCAAGUCGACUUUCCUGUCGAAGAUCACCAAGACCAAGUCUGAGGUGGCAGCAUACUCUUUCACGACCUUGACAGCCAUCCCUGGUGUCCUUGAAUAUGGAGGCGCAGAGAUACAAAUCCUCGAUCUCCCGGGAAUCAUCGAAGGCGCUUCGGAAGGAAAGGGGCGAGGACGACAGGUUAUCAGCGCGGCAAAGACAUCCGACCUCAUCCUAAUGGUCCUGGACGCGACCAAACGGGUCGAACAACGGGCGCUGCUCGAAGCCGAGCUCGAAGCCGUUGGGAUCCGCCUCAACCGCUCGCCGCCCAACAUCUACCUGAAAGCCAAAAAGGCCGGCGGCAUGAAAAUCACCUUCCAAGCGCCGCCGAAGAACCUGGACGAGAAGAUGCUGUACAACAUCCUGCGCGACUACAAGAUUCUCAACUGCGAGGUGUUGGUGCGGGACGAGAACGCGACGGUGGACGACUUCAUCGACGUAAUCAUGAAGGACCACCGCAAGUACAUCAACUGCCUGUACGUGUACAACAAGAUCGACGCCGUGAGCGUGGACUUUCUGGACGAGCUGGCCCAUGAGCCGAACACCGUGGUCAUGUCAUGUGAGUUGGACCUAGGGAUUCAGGACGUGGUGGAACGCUGCUGGCAGGAGUUGAGGUUGAUCAGGAUCUACACGAAGCGGCAGGGCAUUGAUCCGGAGUUUGGGGAGGCGCUGAUCGUGAGGAAUAACAGCACAAUCGAGGAUGUUUGUGAUCAGAUCCAUCGCACAUUGAAGGAUACGUUCAAGUAUGCGCUUGUCUGGGGCGCGAGUGCGAAGCAUGUUCCGCAGAGAGUGGGCUUGAGUCAUCCCGUCGCGGACGAGGAUGUCGUGCAGGUCGUGAGUGCUUGGAAGGCUUGA